GCAUAGGAAGUGACGUAAGGAUGGCGGAGGGGCGCGAGCUUUCAAGAUGGCGGUGGCUGGGUGGCUGACCGGCACACAGAGGUGAAGGCCCCUACGAGGUAAAAGAGGCCGAGAAUCGUCCCCUCCCCGCUUCUCGCAGCGCCAGGAGUCCAGCAGAAGUGUUUUUUUGUUUUUCUGUUUUAAUGAACAAGUAAACCAUACAAAUUGUCAACAUGGGACGGAGAUCGACAUCAUCCACCAAGAGUGGAAAAUUCAUGAACCCCACAGACCAAGCCCGAAAAGAAGCCCGGAAGAGAGAAUUAAAGAAGAACAAAAAACAGCGCAUGAUGGUACGAGCUGCAGUUUUGAAGAUGAAGGAUCCCAAGCAGAUUAUCCGGGACAUGGAGAAAUUGGACGAAAUGGAGUUUAACCCGGUGCAGCAACCACAGUUAAACGAGAAGGUGCUGAAAGACAAGCGUAAAAAGCUGCGUGAAACCUUUGAACGUAUUCUACGACUCUAUGAAAAAGAGAAUCCAGAUAUUUACAAAGAACUGAGAAAGCUAGAAGUAGAAUAUGAACAGAAAAGGGCACAACUUAGCCAAUAUUUUGAUGCUGUCAAGAAUGCUCAGCAUGUGGAAGUGGAGAGCAUUCCCUUGCCAGAUAUGCCACAUGCUCCUUCCAACAUCUUGAUCCAGGACAUUCCACUUCCUGGUGCUCAGCCACCCUCCAUCCUUAAAAAGACUUCAGCCUAUGGACCUCCAACACGGGCAGUUUCUAUACUUCCUCUUCUUGGACAUGGUGUGCCACGUUUGCCCCCUGGCAGAAAACCUCCUGGUCCUCCCCCCGGUCCACCACCUCCUCAAGUCUUGCAAAUGUAUGGCCGUAAAGUGGGCUUUGCCCUAGAUCUUCCCCCUCGUAGGCGGGAUGAAGACAUGUUAUAUAGCCCGGAACUUGCUCAGCGGGGCCAUGAUGAUGAUGUUUCUAGCACCAGUGAAGAUGAUGGGUAUCCUGAAGACAUGGAUCAAGAUAAGCAUGAUGACAGUACUGAUGACAGCGACACUGACCGAUCAGAUGGAGAAAGUGAAGGGGAUGAAUUUGUGCACCGUGAUGAUAACGAGAGAGACAACAAUGAAGAAAAAAAGUCAGGUCUGAGUGUAAGAUUUGCAGAUAUGCCUGGAAAAUCAAGGAAGAAAAAGAAGAACAUGAAGGAGCUGACUCCUCUUCAAGCCAUGAUGCUUCGAAUGGCAGGUCAGGAAAUCCCUGAGGAGGGACGAGAAGUAGAAGAAUUUUCGGAGGAUGACGACGAAGAUGAUUCUGAUGAUUCUGAAGCAGAAAAGCAAUCACAAAAACAGCAUAAAGAGGAAUCUCUUUCUGAUGGCACAUCUACUGCGUCUUCACAGCAGCAAGCCCCCCCACAGUCUGUUCCUCCUUCUCAGAUUCAAGCACCUCCCAUGCCGGGACCGCCUCCUCUUGGACCACCCCCGGCUCCACCCUUACGGCCUCCUGGACCUCCCACCGGCCUUCCUCCUGGACCACCUCCCGGAGCUCCUCCAUUCCUGAGACCACCUGGAAUGCCGGGACUCCGAGGGCCUUUACCCCGACUUUUGCCUCCAGGCCCACCACCAGGCCGACCCCCCGGCCCUCCCCCAGGGCCACCUCCAGGUCUGCCUCCUGGCCCUCCUCCUCGGGGACCCCCACCAAGGCUACCUCCCCCUGCUCCUCCAGGUAUCCCUCCACCUCGUCCCGGCAUGAUGCGCCCACCUUUGGUGCCUCCACUUGGACCUGCCCCACCUGGGCUUUUCCCACCAGCUCCGUUGCCGAACCCAGGGGUUUUAAGUGCUCCACCCAACUUGAUUCAGCGACCCAAGGCGGAUGAUACAAGUGCAGCCACCAUUGAGAAGAAAGCAACAGCAACCAUCAGUGCCAAGCCACAGAUCACUAAUCCCAAGGCAGAGAUCACUCGAUUCGUGCCCACUGCAUUGAGGGUACGUCGGGAGAAUAAAGGGGCCACUGCUGCUCCCCAAAGAAAGUCAGAGGAUGAUUCUGCUGUGCCUCUUGCCAAAGCAGCUCCCAAGUCUGGUCCAUCUGUUCCUGUCUCAGUGCAGACUAAGGAUGAUGUUUAUGAAGCUUUCAUGAAAGAGAUGGAAGGGCUCCUGUAACAGCUUUUAAUGCCAGAGCAGGUUUCUGUUCAUAUCAGUGGUUCGUGGGGGAAGAGGCUCUUUCUAAACUUUGUGAAAGAGUGACUUUCACUGUCAGGGUAUUUUUAAAUUUCAGUUCAAGGAAUAUCCUAAAGUUUAGCCUUGUUCAGAAUUUAUUGCAUAUAAGAGAGGAUUAUUUCAUUCAGAAUAGAUUGGUUAUUGAAGCAGUGCUGCUAAUAUCCAUUCCCUUUCAUACCACCGUUUUCAUCCCGUUUGUUCCCCUUCUCCAAUUCUUUGGAAACUUGUGAUCACGGGGAUCUUUGUUACUUACUUGUUUUGAUUCUCUUCUUGUGUGCAGUGGGCACUGGAGUAGAGAUUUCUGGAAAAGAAAACAGUUUAUUUUAUCUCAUCUUGGCUUUUGUGUUUGAGUUAUUUUAAUAUUUUCUUGUAAAUAUUUUGUAAUAUUUUAGUGAAAUGGAUCGCAGUGUCAUUUCCUAAUACAAAGCAAGAUAUGUGGGAAGAAAAUGUACAAUUCUUUGAUUAAAAUUAUUUCCCACUGACCUAAACUUUGAGUGUUUCGUGAAAUAAAUAAAUAAAUGUUCUACACCAAGAUAUCCUCUGUGUUACUGAUAAUAUGUAAAUACGGUAUCUGUGUUAUGGGUAGAAAAGAAGCAAGUGUUUAAAAAUUGUGUUUUAAGGAACUACCAUUGCUGGUACACAAUGAGAAUCUUACUGAAAAUAUGGUUAAAACUAAGUUUUAAAUUUUAAGGGAUAAAAAGAAUUAUUUUCCUUCAAGAUUAUCAUACUUGCUUUGGAGAAAUUGAGAGGUUAUUAAUUACAUAGAACAUGAAUCUUUUCCUUAAAGAUUGUUUAUUUUUCCAGAGCUCUAUAAACUGACACUAAUUAACAGGGAAAGCUUGUUUUAAACCAUGUGUAAAUUAUUGGAUAGCCAGAAAAGGUUACUUUUACUUUAUUGACUUUGUCAGUUGUAUAAGCUUUUCUUAUUAAAAGACCUGAAAUGAA